AUGGCUACCCCUAGUGUCCUCGUGUUUGACGCUAAGGGUCGAGCCAUUGACUUUGAGGUCUGGGUCGACGACCUGCAGCUGUUCUUACAGUGCGAUAGGGCAGACGGUCUCUCUCUCUUUGACCUCACCUCUGGCGCCUCUCCUGCCCCUGCUGCUGAUGCUGACCCCACUGUUCGCUCCCAGUGGGCCACGCGCAAUGCUGCUGCACGUCUUGCUGUGCGUCGCCACUUGCCUACCACUGAGCGCGCGCACUUUAGUCAGUACAAGAGUGCUCAGACCUUGUACGACGCUGUAGUUGCGCGCUACUCUUCCCCUGCCACUGCUGCACUGAGCCGCCUCAUGCUACCGUACCUCUUCCCUGACCUUGCUGCCUUUCCCACAGUCGCUGACCUCAUUACGCACCUCCGCACUAGUGACACUCGCUACCGCGCCGCGCUUCCUGCUGAGUUCUGUGCCAAGAACCCACCCCCCAUGUACAUCACUCUCUAUUUUAUAGUCACCCGCCUCCGUGACUCCCUUCGUGUAGUCAGGGACCACUUCCUCUCAUUCUGUCCCACCACUCUCACUGUUGACCUCUUAGAGAAGGCCCUCCUAGCAGCGGAGAAGAGCAUAGUCGCUGUAGGAGCCUCUCGUGGUGACCCUCACACCCCCAGCUUUGAGGGGUGUUCUCCUUCCCCCCUUUUGCCCUCUGUCGCCUCUGCCGCUGCGACCGACCUUGUUGGUCUUGAGUCGGUCGGUGCGGCGUCUGCCCCUAGCGGGAGACGCCGCUCUGGCAAGGGCAAGGGGGGCAAGGGCGCGGGUGGAGCUAGCGGGGGCGGUGGAGGUGGCGGUGGAGGCGGCGGAGGGAGUGGGGGUGGCGGUGGGAGUGGUGGCGGGGGUGGAGGUGUCGGUGGCAGCAGUGGAGGCGGAGGCGGCGGAGGCGGCGGCGGUGCUAGCGGAGGCGGCGGUGGUGGCGGAGGUGGAGGAGGCGGUGGUGGAGGAGGUGGCGGUGGUCAGGGUGGCGCUUCGCAGCGGAGCAGCCCUGGUGGUGGUCAGCGCCAGCAGCAGCAGCAGCAGCAGCGUUCUCGAAACAUUCCCCCCCCUCAGCAGCUCCGUGAGUGGUACGCGCAGCGUCAGCGUGGUGGGGGUUUUGGUCCGUGCACCUACGUCCUUCACUCCAGCGACCGCGCGGGCGUAGCUAUCUAUGAUCUUGACUUUGAUGCUAUCCUUGCUGCCAUGUAUGCUGUGACUAUUAGUGAUGAGGGUGACUGUUACCGGUGUUUCUUGCCCGACCUGGGCAUUGGUACUGCUGCUCUAGGUGCUGGUGAGGCUGCUGCUCUAGGUGCCAGUGCGUCUGCACCCUCAGGUGCUGGUGAGUCUGCUCUCUCAGGUACCACGUCGGCUUCGGCCUCCCUCACCUUCACACUUGACUCAGGGGCUUCUCGCUCCUUCUUUCGAGACCGCACCACACUCACGCCGCUUGGUCGGCCGGUUGCAGUCUCCCUGGCUGACCCCUCUGGGGGUCCUGUCCUCUCUCACUUCUCCACUGUCCUCCCGUGUCCGGCUGCCCCCUCUGGCACCUUGUCUGGUCUUUACCUCCCCUCGUUCUCUACGAACUUGGUGAGUGGUGCUGACCUGCAGGAUACGGGGGUUCACCAGUUUACUCCUGCGAGUCAGCGGGUGACCCACUGCUCGGACGCUCGCACAGGCCGGCACCUGGCCACGUUUACGCGUCGGGCGGGGUCUAGCCUCUACACCCUGACCACUGGGUCUCCUCCUGUCCCUGCGUCUAGCCAGGUAGCUGCGUCGGGUCAGGUGUUUCCUGCAGCGUCCAGGUCUGGUCCUGAGUCUGCCCCCUGCUCGUGUCGCCUCCUGUCUCACGAGACUCUCCUGUGGCACCACCGUCUUGGUCACCCCUCCCUGCCUCGUCUCGGAGGCAUGGCUUCCCGUGCCCUUGUCUCUGGUCUCCCCCGGUCCCUCCCUCCCCUUCCUCCAGGGCCUGGUCCUUCCUGUGUUCCCUGUGUCGAGGGGCGGCUCCGGGCUGCCCCUCACUUCUCUCAGUUUCCCCCGACAGAGGCCCCGCUGCAGACGCUUCACAUGGACGUGUGGGGCCCGGCCCGCGUCCGUGGACAGGGUCACGAGCGCUACUUCCUGCUGGUGGUUGACGACUACUCGCGUUACACCUCAAUCUUCCCCUUGCCCAGCAAGGGUGAUGUCACUGAGACCUUUACGCUUCCGGACUCUCCACAGCAAAAUGGGAUUGCUGAGCGCCGCAUUGGCAUGGUCAUGGACGUUGCCCGUACGUCCAUGAUGCAUGCGGCUGCCCCCCAUUUUCUGUGGCCGUUUGCGGUUCGGUACGCGGCGCAUCAGAUCAACCUUCACCCCAGGGUCUCCAUGCCGGAGACCUCCCCAGCUGUGCUGUGGACGGGGAAGGUAGGCGAUGCGUCUGCGUUCCGUGUCUGGGGAUCUCGGGCGUUUGUCCACGACUUGUCUGCGGACAAACUGUCCCCUCGUGCUGCUCCUUGUGUCUUCCUUGGCUUCCCCCCUGACGCACCAGGGUGGCAGUUCUACCACCCCUCCUCUCGUCGUGUUCUGUCCUCCCAGGACGUCACAUUUGACGAGUCGGUCCCCUACUACCGUCCCUUCCCCUACCGCACUCCUUCCCUCCCCCCGCCGCCGCACUUCCUUGUGCAAGGUCCCCCCCAGGUAGACCCCCUCCCCCCUAAGGGUCCUGCCCCUUCAGGUGUGUCCCAGGUAGACGCCCUACUUUAA